AUGUCUGGGCGCAGCCGGGCCGCCUGGCCGCCCGCCCAGGGGAAAAGGCGGCACCCUGGCCGCGCCGCGAGUGCCAGCCUCCCCGCGCUGGCUGCCCGGCCGAGCGGCGUGCCUGGGCCGGGGCGCCCGGGACCCCCACCGAGCUGCCGCUUCCCUGCGCCGAGCGUGGAGUUUGGGAAAGCCGAGAGGGUGGCGCGGCCGCCGCCUCACCUCCUGCGAACUCUGCGGGGCUUCUCGUCGUGUUGA